UCCUACGCGCACUCUCUGCACCCUUUUCACUCUUCACUCUCAUGGCAGCUGAGCUACAGCCACUGGAAGCUCCAAUCACCGCCGGCCCGACAAUUCUAACCACCACAACGACAGAACCGAUAAAUACAGCAACAACCUUAACUGCCACAACGGCAAUAGCAACCACAACGGCCGUACACACCGCGGAGAACCACGGCCCCCAAUUGGGCCCCAAACGGCAGCGCCGCCCCAGCGUCCGAUUAGGCGAAAUCGGCGACCAGCCUGCCGCCACUGCCUCAUUUGAAUCACAUAUGCGACGAGCCAGGCCCAGCUGGAGGCUCCCCAAGGACUCCAAAUCGGUCAAGGCCCGGUCGAUCACCAACCUCGUCAACGGCAACGAGUCCAACGAAACGACGCCGCACGAUGAGAGGAACCAAAACGGAGACGGAGGGUUCGAGUUCGGGGGCCGGAGAUUCAAGGCGAAGCGAGCCACGGGGACCAAGAGGGUCCGAUCGAAUUGGGCUUCCAAUUCGAAGCUCGACGACGGCGGCGACAGCAGAGAGGAGGGAGGAGAGUGGUUCAGCGUGGACCCCGAUCAGGAUAGUCCGGUGAGGGACAGCAGCCCGCUGAACUCGGGGGAAGACACGGGGCAGGAUAUGUGGGAUGGGCAGAGGAGGAUGGCGGGAAACUGGGCUAGGGCAUCGGAGAGCAGGGAGAACGACGCUGUUGAAGCGGAUAACAUGCCGGAAUCGAAUUGGAGUGGAGUGAGGUCGUGGCUGAUAGAAUUGGGGCUGAGCCGGUACACGCCGGUGUUCGAGAUACAUGAGGUGGACGACGAGGUGCUGCCGAUGCUGACAUUGGAGGAUCUUAAGGAUAUGGGAAUCAACGCCGUUGGUUCGCGGCGGAAAAUGUAUGCCGCCAUUCAGAAGCUCCGCAAGGGGUUCUCGUGAGUCUGCCUUUCCUUACAAUUUUUUUCUUUUUUUUUGGUUUGGUUUAGUAGAAUAGUGUACUCUUUUUGUUCUUACAAUAACAUAAUCCACAACAAUGAUAAUCAUAGUUUGUGUUGUAACAUCAGCUAUUUGUUCAUCUUUUUUGUAUUUUAAUUGUUGUUUUCCCCUCAAUGCAAUGGUAAGGCUGUGUACGAUACACGUUCAUUCCCCGACCCUCGCAAAGCGGAGACCCUUGUUGACUUGGUGUCACCCUUUUUUAAUUGUAGUUUUCCCAUCAAUGCAAUGAAAUUUUCUUUAGUUUUUGA